UGCACAACAGUAAAAGCACCGCUGCUGCUGCCGCCGCCGUCCUGCACAGAAAAAGGAAAGAGCGACAACAAACAUCGCGUUAAGAAAAAAGCUGCGGAGGCCGCCGAGUCGCUCGGAGUCGUUUUCCUGCCGGUAGCCGGUGCAGGAGGAGGCAGAAGACCCGGACCGGUGACGGUAAGGACGGACCGAGAGCCCCGUUAACGAGCCAGACAGCAGCGGCGGCUAGCGGGAUGCUAGGAGGGGGAGCCUCCGCUGGAUCCAGUGUUAACUGGUCUGAAACAUGGAGGGUAGCUAGCUAACAUUAGCCCUGUGUUGGUUUGUCAGAGGAUGGCUGCAGCUGAAGAGGACGCGGUUUUUGGGGGUUUUGGAGGCUGAAGCCAGCAGAGUGGCCGAGCCGGGACAGGAUGGUGUGUGUGUGUGUGUGUGUGUGUGUGUGUGCGCAGAGAUACUGCAGGGAUGAAAAGGUUGUAAAUCCACACUGGACUUAAUGCAGGACAUGUUGCAAACUGCAGCCAAUAAAUAAAAUAAACUGCUUCUGUAGAGCUGAUGAUGCAUGUGGUCUGAGGAACCUGAACCUGAACCAGUUCUGAGGCUGAUUUGGUGAAAAAAAAAAAGACAAUAAAAAAGCAAAAGAAAAAUCAAACAAAAAAAGAAGAAAAAAAAUGUAGUGGAUCAGUUCCACACGUGUUAUUUUGUUGUUGUUGUUGUUGUUGAGUUGGCUCACCCAAGUAGAUUUCCUCACCACCCAAAAAUCAUUUCAUUCAGCCAGGCUUGAUUUCAGAAGCCUGGUUGUAACUGCAGACUUUUGCAAUGGGGAAAAACGCUUUAAUGUCUGCUGUGGUGCAUUCAUGUGCAGUAAAAAAAAAAAAAAAAAAAAAAUCAUAGAUUAAAAAAGUCUGAUAAAUGUCCUUAAAUUACACAGACAGUACAGAAAUGAUAAACUUAUUUUUCAGGUAAUUCAGACGAAGUGUCUACAAGUCUGUUUGUCCAUGUGUAAAAUGUCCUGAGCACAUCUGAAGUCACACUUAUCUAGUCACCAUAUAUUAGAGAUACUUAUGAAAAAUGUUUGUUUUAACAAAGCAGGAAUUUUUCAGUUAUUCUUUUAAAAUCCUGUUCUGUCCCUGAACUAAGCAAACCUCGUCGCCUGGCUGAUCCAGUUUCACUGGUCUGUGUUUUAGUCAGUGUGUCGUGGAAAACAGGUGUUUGUGAAGCGCUGAAGUGUUUUAAAAAACACUUCACCAGUUUUAAAAAAGGUGAAAGUGUCUGAAGGAAGCAUCAGUUAUCAGCGUCAGUGUGAAAUUAUUGGUAUCAGUGAGACCAGCAGCACAUCAGUCAGUGCGAACAUCAGCCGCUCACUGAAAUAUUGACUCACGGUGUCUGAGCUGCGUGAGUGAGGGACGGUCAGGAGCAGUGACGGGUGGUGUUUCAUCAGCAGGCUCUCCCUCAGAGAAAGUGUGUGUUUCACUCAGUGUUUGAUUGAUGGACGCCUGCUCUGUCUUCUCAGCAGCCAUGGAGACAGAUGGAGAGCAGAACCAGCAGGGGGCCUCGGCCAAUGGCAGCGCUGCAUCCGGGACAAGCUCCCGCCCCUCUCCCAUGAACUCCAUGUCUCUGUAUGAAAGACAGGCGGUGCAGGCCCUGCAGGCGUUACAGAGGCAGCCUAAUGCAGCUCAGUACUUCCAGCAGCUGAUGCUGCAACAGCAGAUCAACAACGCCCAGCUGCAGAACCUGGCUGCCGUGCAACAGGCUACUCUGGCAGCCAGUCGUCAGUCAAGUCCUUCUAGCAGCAGCUCUUCUCAGACCACCAGCACCACAGCUACCAGCGUAACAUCUGGAGCAGGGUCCACAACCAGCAGCCGCCCCAUGGGCGCCUCGGCAACAUCCACAAUCAGCCAGUCGGUGCUUCUGAGCGGGACGGCAGGGGGGCAGGGGCAAAUGUACCUGAGGGUCAACCGCUCUCUGAGGGCCCCCAUCUCCUCACAGCUCAUCUUUAUGCCCGGCAGCACGGCAACUGCUGCUGUGGCAACCGUCACCCAGCAGCCACAGGCUCAGCAACAGCAGCAAGAGGUGACUCCAACUUCCUCCUCCAGCAGCCAAUCAGACAAUGACCAGGUGCAGAAUUUAGCCAUGCGAGGUGUGUCCAGUCCCAAAGCUGUGGGUGUUAAGACUGAAGCCCCAGAGAGGAGUGAGUCAGCUGCCUACUCUCUCGUCCAGCCCUCCCACCAGUCAAACCCCCAGUCUCCUGCUAAGCCAAGCCAGCCUCAGCCCCAGCCCCCCCACAUCAAAAUCCCCACGUACCCUCAGCCUACCAACCUCAAAGCCCACCCCUCCUCUUCCUCUGGUGCCUCCUCCUCCUCCUCCUCUUCCUCCACCUCCUCUAUCCCUCUGUCCCAGCUUCUGCUUCACGGAACCCGGACCCUCACCACAGGAACCACAGCUCCCACAGCAGCGCACACUCUGGUCCUAACGUCCAAUGCAGCAUCUCAGCCCCACGGGUACCCGGUUGGCACAGCGACCAUCAAACCAGCCGUCAACGCUCAGACUCUGGUGGUGCAGCCUCUGCAGAAGACCUCGCUCAGCACUGAGAAAUCAGGCCACAACAACGGACCCAUCCCCAUCCAACCUAAAACUCUGCAGGGGCUCCGUCUGCCCCUCCAGCUGCCUUCUAGGAACCCCCCUCCCAUCCUCCCUGCCCCGCCGCCAGCCAGCAGCUCCUCCCAGCCUCCACAGCCGCCGCACAUCCCAGUGCAGAUUGUGGGAGCCAGGCAGAGCACGCUGGGAAACGCCCAGGCUCUGGCUCUGGCUCGAGGCAGCUGCAGCCAGGACGGAGCUGCCGUCCUCACCAGCUCGUCCAGCCUGCUCACCAUGGUGGCUUCCAUCGCUUCCAGGGAGGGCGGGGUCGUAGGCCGAGGUGUGGGGCUAAAGGCGCUUCAGUCGCCCCAGGAGGCUCCCCCACUGGCUCAGGUCUCUCAAGUGCAUCCGCAGGCCAAUCAAAGCUCAGGACAGAAUCCGAACGGACCCGUAGCUUCAAGCCCUGCCUCCUCCCAGUCCACCACCGUUUCCUCUCCUCCCUCCUCACUGUCUCGUUCCUCCCUCUCCCUCCCCGUGGUGACUGAGGAGCAAAGAGGAGCGUCAGCCGGUGUGACCACCAAUGGAGACUCACCAGGAAGUCAGACACCACAGGGAAAGCAGAUGACUGGCUCACUAAAAAGGAAAUCAGACUCAAAUUCAGCCAAUGAUGAAGAUGGCCCCUCCCCCCCACGGAUCCAGCCUGUCAGAGAUCACACAUCUGUGCUCCCAACCAAUCCCAGUGAAGCAGGCUCUGGUGCUCCCCCUCCUGCUCCCCCCUCUCCCUCACCGGUCUUGUCGGUGUCCCGUGGGGUAUGUGGUCAGGGGGAGAGAGCUCCUCCCCCUCAAGCCGUGGUUAAACCUCAUGUCCUUACACACCUCAUAGAGGGCUUCGUCAUCCAGGAAGGGGCAGAGCCUUUCCCUGUAUGUGGUCCAGUAAAGGACUCGGCUGGUGAGGAUUUAACUAACGACAGUCCGGACACCAACCAGUCAGAGACUGUUACCACUGCAACAGUGCUUAAGUGUGAGUACUGUAAAAACUUUGCUCCUGCCAGCCAGUUCAGAGGCACCAAAAGGUUCUGCUCCAUGUCUUGUGCCAAGAGUAUGUAUUGGUUCCCCAGGUACAACGUCAGCUUCAGGCAGCACUUCUGCAUGCGGCAGGGUCACGGCCAGGGUCAAGGUCAGGAUCACGCUCCGGAUCAGGAUCAAGGCCAGGGUCACCUGUCCAACUCCGACGAGGAGGGAGGAAUCGCCAGGCGGAGAGUUCCCCGCAGGACCAGCUCAGAAAUAGCCAGUGCUAAGAUAGCAGGGAGACCCAUACCUGUCAAGUGCCGUUCAGAGUCCAGCCAUUCCGACGAGGACUCCAGUGGAGAGGAGGACGAAGACGACCCCAUGUCCCUCUCGCCGGCUUCUUCAGCCUCCUGCCACCAGCCGCCUCCUCCGCUCCCGACAGAGAGUUCUGCACCCAGCUGCCUGCCUGCUGUCCCCGCCCAGUGGAGCGUGGAGGAAGUGUCACAGUUUAUUUCCUCGCUGCAAGGCUGUGAGGAGCUCGCCUCCCAGUUCCUGUCGCAGGAGAUUGAUGGACAGGCCCUGCUGCUGCUGAAGGAAGAGCAUCUCAUGUCCACCAUGAACAUCAAGCUAGGUCCCGCCCUCAAGAUCUGCGCCCACAUUAACAACCUGAGAGACUGAUGUCAGUGUGUCCGUAAAUCCACUGUGUUCAAAGUCAAGCCCUGCUCAUUUACCCCAAACUCUUGUUCUGCGCCCAGUUCAGAUAUGGAACUGGUCCCAGAGCGGUCGGAGUCCUGCAGGUGAAUGUAUGAGGUACAGUUCUUUUUCAUAACAAAGGCUCUUGAGCCCAAACCGAGGCUGCAGCACUUGCGUCUGUUCACGACCACAUUUUUAAAGCUCGCGUUUGCACAGGAGUUUUGUCGAUUCCUUACAAAUCCGACAGUUUCAAAAACGACUGCAGAUUACAGACCAGAUUUUGGUGAAGGUUCAUGUCUCCUAAAAUGCUUUUUCUGUGCAGGAUUCGUAUUUGCAGUCGGAAAUGGUUUUUACCAAGUGAUUUCGUUUUGUGUUUUAGAUGUACAGUUUCGAUCUUGCGCAGAUAUUAAGGUUUUAAUGUAUUUUCAGUGCAGAAAUCACUUGUGUUGAGUGCAAUGAGCGAAUGGAGAUAAACUCAAUUCUACAGUACUUCACAGAUUUUACAGGUUAUGCACACACAGGGCUGCUCGUUCCUCUUCGACCCAGGCUGUUUAUCUGUUUAUCUGGACAGAAAUGCAGAGACAUGAAGGGUUUAAUGAGUUCAGUCAAUAUUACAAGAUUACACUUGAUUUAAUCUUCACUAGGGUUUUUUUGUAAUGAAAGCACUACGAUGACUUUGAUCCUUAAUGUUAUGUGUGUAAUAAAAAAAAAACAGGUACUUUCAACAUAAUUAUCACUGCAUAAAAAUAGGCAUCAUCAUUUGUAAAUGACAGCACUUUUAUUUUGGAAGUGGCCUGUUCUGUAACUUACAGGGUAUAGUGAGAGUACAGGGUACUGGCUGCAGAAAUGCCGGACCAGAGUCCAAAAUCAGACCCAAAUUCCUCAAGGUUCAGAGAGCAUUUUAUAUUUGCUGCGUAAAUGCUGAUGCUACGUGUGUUUUUCUCACCUUCCUGUCUUGUUUUUACACGCAGAGCACAUCAACAGUAGAAAACAACGCUUGUUUUCAUAUUUAGAGUUUUUCCUCUCGGUAUCUUGAGGAGAUCCAGCCUUUUUACGUUCAGAGGACUUAAUGUUGACGACGAUCUGCAACAUCUGUGACUAUUUUGUUCUGUCAGGCAAUUUCAAGAUCUUCAGAUGGUGCAGCCAGCUGCUCCUGCUCCGUACGGCAGCGUGUGCACGAGUGACGGGUAACGUCAUGGGCUUGAUUUUGUGUUGUGACACAAAGUUUAAAGGAAAAUGCUGAAAGAGACGAAGAAUGAAAGUAGGCAGCAAAUGUGAUGAUAAGCUGUUAAUCUGAAGUAACUUUAAGCUACGUUUUUUUUUUUUUUUGAACAAAACCCAGAAAGUCUGUUGAGAAGAAGAGACUGGUAGCUACAUGUGGACCUAUGGAAAAAAAAUCAUACCCGACUUGAAUGAGUGUGUGAAUGAGAAAACAAACUAUACUGUAAUAAGUGUAAAAUUUGCCUUUAUAUUUAAAUGCACAUUUGUUUGCUGGAUUGCCUUGUUUAAGCUUUUUACUGUAGGAGUUUUCUCUCAUGUUAUCUCUCUGUGAACCUUGUGGCCUUUCUCACUAGUCUCUACGAUAGGUUUAGAUAAGGAUUAUCUGUUUUUUAACUGCUUUUCAUAUCAUUCCUUGUUUUAUAUUAGUGCUUACUUUUUUACAAUUGUUACUUCAAGCAAUGACAUGCGUUGCCUUUCCCAAAAAGUGUGACUGAAUAGUAGCUACCUUGAUCAAGGAAACUCGCUGUCUUCCUCAUAGCUUUGUCACAUAGCGUGUAACUACCAACAGUAUUUACCUUUCUAGCUGGCUAUCUUUGGCUUUAUUGUUAGUGACUGUGGCUAUUACAGUAUUUUCUUUCAAAAAGGAUAAUAAUCUUUGAUAGCUGUGUGUUUAUAUUUUACAGUCGCUCCAGGAUUUUGGAGUCUUUAAAUCCGCUGGUCCCUCAGCAUAUUGUGAAGACUAAAAAAAAAAAAAAGAAAAGAAAAGAACACUUUAUUACAAG